CUCGCGAGAACUGAAAUCCAUCAAGUUCUGUGCUCCAGCAGUCCUAACCCGAGCUCUUCAGUCUUCACAAUUGCUCACAUUUGUGUGACAUGAGAAUUUUCAAAGUGCCGACAACGCUGUUCUAAACAUCUUUGUCACUGCAUAUUCAACGUGUAAACAUCUUUGGCACUGAAUUAUUUUUCUUUAAAUUUGACUCAAAUUCAGAAACAUCCAAAAAAAUUUAACUGACCUUGCCAUUGUUGGUUGUCGUUCGCCAAAAGAGGUCAGCGUUCCUCUUUCCAUUUUCUUCAUCAUUUCCUUUUCCUAUCCUCUCUUCACGCCUCUCCUAUGGAUGCGUAAAAAAAUCUAGAUUUUUCCAUGUCUUUUCUUUAAUUUCCUUUUACAAUGCUGUUCUAAACAUCUUUGUCAUUGAAUUUGACUCGAAUUCGACAAAGCCCCCUUUACAAGCCGCGCUCUGCAAAUGCGUGUUUCCUUCCACUUGCGCUCAGCUCUAGUCCAGCAAGACCAAACCCUAGCUCCAAAUGGUCCGUCGCCGCCGCCCCUCCUCCCCGGAGGUGCAAACCCCGCUGAACGACGAGGACUUGCUGCAGGAGAUCCUCCUCUGCCUGCCCCCGCAGCCGUCGUCAAUUCUGCGAGCCGUCGCCGUCUCCAAGCGCUGGCGCCGCGUCGUCCUCGACGCCCCCUUCCUCCGCCGCUUCCGUGCCUGCCAUCGGAAACCCCCGCUGCUCGGUUUCUUCCUCCGAGGUGUCUGGAAUUACCCACUCUCGUUCGUGCCCGUGAUGGACCCGCCCAAUCGCAUUCACGGCGCCCGCUUAUUCGGGCCGUGGGGUUUCGACGAUGGCUCGAAGUUGCUUGGAUGCCGCCAUGGCCUCUCCCUCUUCCUCGACUGGUCGCGACAAGUGGUCCUCCUGUGGGACCCCGUCACCAGCCAUGAGCGUCGGGUUUCUUUUCCUCUUCCGCUUGGGUACACAGACUACGUCGUUCGAAAAGCCACCACGGUCGUGUGCGCCGACGAUGAAGUUGGCCACGUGCACGGCAGGGGAAUUGGUGGUGCAGAUGGUGGAGCUGGUAUGAUUAAUGAUAUAUGAGAUGAGUGUCCUGCUAGGUCUGCCAGUAUGCUAUGUUGGCUUGACAGGUACCUGUAGCUGUUUUUCUGUAAUGUAACUAGAGCUUGUGGCAUUUGCGUCAACAACAAGGCAGUCUUCGCAGCCUCUCCAUUUUGUGGUUGGUGAUUCUACAGUUCGGAGUGAUCCUGCCAAGAACUGAAACAUUGCUAGCUUGCUCUCAGUAGUGAGGGAAGGGAAAAUGAGAUGUAAUUUCGUGUUGCUUAUGGCCGGCGGAUUGUACUAAUAAUGGCUAUGUCUUUGGAUUCUAUGAGCCUGCAGUUUGAAUUCCUAGUACGAUACUUCCAUGGGAUAUUUAAAACAAUUCCAUUAGCUUCAUUUGCUAUUUAUGCAAAUGCCAA